AUGGCCAAACGAAGAGCCCGGGGGGGCCCCAAAGCCGCAGGAGGCCCCUCAAAGGGCUCCGCUAUCACCCGCGGCACAGCCUCGACUCUGCCGAAUCGCCAGCUGCCAGAGAACAAGAAACCCGGCCACUACCGCUCUGCAAGCAAAAUCCGACUGCUGCACAUGUACAACUCCAAGCCAAAGUGGCUGCGACCGGGAGGCAAAGAGCCGCAGCCGCUGGCCCCCGCCAGAAUCCAGCCUGACCGCCGCUGGUUUGGAAACACCCGCGUGAUCGACCAGCAGAAACUUUCAGAGUUCAGAGAAAACAUUCAAAAGGCCUCCGCUGACCCCUACACCGUAGUGUUGCGGCGUUCGAAGCUGCCGAUGAGUCUUAUCAACGAUGGCAACGUGGGGGGCAAGAAGGAAGCGCUGGCAGCUGGGGGCGCUUUGCCGAAGUUGAGUGGAGAAGCUCUCCUGGCCAUUGAGCCUUUCGAGGGCGUCUUCGGCAGCAAAAAGACCCGCAAGAGGCCCCGCCUGCAGGCUGCGGACCUGGCCACUUUGGCGCUGCAGGUGGGCAGUUGUCUUUGUCUGCAGCUGAAGUACUCGGGGCUGCAGCACUUCGAGCCUGCGGAGAACAGUCUGUGUGGAUGUGGGGCCCGUUGCAUGCAGGCUGAAGAGAAAGAAGCUGCUUUUCAGAAGUCCAUUUCUGCUGGAGAUGUGCCGGCAAAUGGUGCGGGGGAGGGAGGCCCCGUGGAGUUGAUAUUCCAGAAGGGCACGAGCCGCAGGAUAUGGGGAGAGUUGUACAAAGUCAUUGACUCGUCGGACGUUUUAGUGCAAGUUGUAGACGCGCGUGACCCGAUGGGAACGCGCUGCAGACGCCUUGAAAAGUAUUUGAAAGCGCACCGUUCGUCGAAGCACCUGGUGCUGGUCAUAAAUAAGGUGGAUUUGGUACCUCCUCGUGUUGCACGUUAUUGGUUACAGCAACUCAGCAAAGAAAUGCCAACUCUGCUGUUGCAAGCCGACAAGAACAAGAAAAAUUUCGGAAGAACACAACUCUUUCAGCUUUUAAGGCAGUAUGGCCAGUUGCUUUCGGAUAGAAAGCACGUGUCUAUUGGGUUUUUCGGAUACCCCAAUGUAGGAAAGAGUUCUAUUAUCAAUUUUUUGAAGAGUAAACAAGUGUGCAAGGCGGCGCCAAUACCGGGACAGACCCGAGUGUGGCAAUACGUCGCUCUCACUUCCAAGUUGUACCUCAUUGACUGCCCAGGAAUUGUUCCCAUUAGCAGCGAUGCGGGAACCGACACCGACAAGGUUAUGCGCGGCGUUGUUCGUCCUGAAAGAAUCAGUGCCCCUGAGGAGCACAUUGGAACUGUUUUGGAGAAAGUCAAGAGGGAAGCUAUAGUGGCCCGCUAUGGCUUAGAUUCCAAAAUUUCCUGGGAAGAUGCCGAAGAGUUUUUGUCGAUCUUGGCUGUGCGACUUGGGAAACUCAAGAAGGGAGGGGAGCCGGACAUCUCCACUGCCGCCCGCAUCAUGCUGUACGACCUCCAGCGGGGCAAACUGCCGUAUUACGUGCUGCCUCCCUGCCUAGAGGCUGAAGUUGCAGAGGCAGCUGCAGAGGCCGAUGGCACUCCGCUGGACGGAGCAAUGGCGGUGCCGGAAGGAGAUGCAUUAAAGCUAGAUGGCAGCUACUCCGGGGAUUUAGCAGACAAAGAGGAAAUCAACGACUGUGAGGAGGAAGACGGGAUUCAGCGGCCAGACAGCGACACUCAGCAAGAGGCUCCGGAAGUGUCAGGUAGUGCUGCAGCAGCAUCCACUUCUGAACCAAAUAAACGAGCCAGAAUCGAGAGCUCUAAUAGUUCAUAA